UUAGGGCGUGGCUGAGAAUACUGGACGUCAAAAUGGCUCGACUCCAGCUACGAGUUUUAAAGAUUUGUAGCGGCCCAGCGUCUAUAAGGCUAUCAUCAAUAAUCAGAUAUAAUGGUGUAUAUAUAAGUAGAUGUUACAUAAGUGGAUCUUUAUUUCACUCGUCAAGAGAAACUGUACAGAAACUCCUUCCAUCAAGAACCCAUCAGUCUAUAUUUAAUGCUCCUCACUCGUCUCUGAGAAUGUUUUUUCCACAUGUAUCCAGCACUUCCUGUAUUCACACCUCUUCAUCAUUCAGCGAAGAAGAGAAAUCAGUACUUGAGAAGGCAGUGACUUCACUUAAGGAACGGAAGCAGCAAAAGGCAAUAGAGACUCUCAUUGAUCCUCAUUCCUCUUCUUCAGUCUCUCCAUCAGCAGCAAAGGUCAGUCAAUCCAAGCCUCCGCUAUUGACAAGAAUUAAGAACGAGAUCAUUCAUUAUUAUCAUGGGUUCCGUUUGCUUGGUCUUGAGAUCAGCAUCGCUUCUCGUCUGCUCCGGAAGACUCUUCGUGGUCAAUCACUGUCACGCCGUGAACUGAAACAGUUUAGAAGGACCGCCGGUGAUGUGUUCCGGAUUGUUCCAUUCUCUGUCUUUAUUAUCAUUCCUUUUAUGGAGUUCCUGUUACCUGUCUAUCUGUGGCUGUUCCCUAAAGCACUCCCAUCAACCUUUCAGAGCAAAUCAGCCAAAGAAGAGAGAAAGAAGAAGGAGUUACGUGUGAAACUACAAAUGGCUAAAUUCCUCCAGGACACUGUUGAGGAUAUGUCAGUCUCCAGUAAGAAUCCAAAGAAAGCAGAAGCAGUUAAGAAUUUUGUGGAAUUUUUCAAAAAGAUAAGGACCACUGGUAUGCAAGCAACCACAGAAGAGAUAAUAACUUUUUCUAAACUUUUUGAAAACGAGCUAACACUUGAUAACCUUAGUCACAAACAACUCCAGGCCCUCUGUCGUCUUGUCCUCCUUCCCACCAUUGGAUCAAGUGCAUUCCUCAGGUUUCAACUGAGAGUUAAGAUGAAGAGGCUAGAAGCUGAUGAUAAGAUGAUACAGUCUGAAGGUGUUGAGUCACUGAGUGUGGCUGAGCUUCAAGCUGCUUCACAGGCUCGGGGUAUGAGAGCCUUGGGAAUGCCUCAACAAAGACUGGUAUCACAAUUACAACAAUGGCUUGAUCUUCAUUUGAAUAAGAAGAUUUCUAUUUCUUUUUUGUUGCUCUCUCGUGCUCUUUAUUUACCACAAGAUGUACCUACGCCAGAGGUUUUGAAAGCAACUCUCUCUAACUUACCCGAGAAUAUUGUUGAUGAAGCUGAGGUUAUGGUUGCCUCAACAUCUGGAGAGACAAUUGACAACAAGCGAAGAGUUGAUGUCAUUAAACAGCAAGAGCAAAUGAUAAGAGAAGAAGAGAGAGAGAAAAUGGAAAGGGAGAGGGUCAAGCUAGAGGAAGAAAUAAAGAGAGAGGCAGUGUUCCAGGAUCCUUUGGUCUUUCCUGAUAUGAAGGAGGAGCCGUUCAUAUCAGUACAGGCUCAGGCCAAUAAGAGCUUCACAGCUGAAGAGAUACGGGAGAUGAAUGAAGCUGUGGUCUGUCUCAAGGGACUAGAGGAAGAGAAGGAGACACUGAGAGAGAUAAAGGAAGACAGAGAAGAGUAUUGUGAGGAUAUCGCUGAUCUUGCCCAAGAGUGUAAAGAAGGGGAGGAGCAGUUGGCAGAGUCAGUUGCCUCCCGUAGACUUGGUCGUAAAGUUGAGUCAAUGCUCGGAACCAUUGAUCAGAGACUGGAAGUACUGGAGAAGGAUUAUGUAACUAGUACCAGUGAGGAGACACAGGGAGAGAACAUAAGCAUUAACAUUGGUGAUAACAGUAUUACUGUGGAGCAGCUGGAUAAGGCAUUGCUGGCACUAAGAGGCACUAGCCUUAAGGCAAAGCAGAGGUCAUUGUUCUCUGUACUGGACGAAGAUCACGAUGGGAAUAUCAAACUUGAUGAAAUAGCAGAAGUUAUUGAGGCUCUUGCUAAUGAAGACACGGAUAUAAGUCAGGAACACAUAUCAGAGAUAAAGCAGCUAAUAAAACUAGAAUCAAAAGAAAAUAAUAAUAAUAAUACUUAUGUAAAAUAACACCAGUCUAAUUAAUAUUCAUUGAUGUAUUAUAAUUUUUAGAUGAAUAAUAUAGCAGAUUAUUAUUAAUGAUUAAUUAUUAUUCGGCUAUUAAAACUUCGUCACGCA